GAAGAUAAACCGGAGGAGCUGACAGCCCAGCUAGCGGACAACAACCCAGGCUGGACCAAGGAUGCAAUUCGGCCCCUCUACACGUUACGUUAUGGAGGAGCAAGCAGGAAAGAUUCCCAGUUCGUCUCGUGGGUGGUAGAGGUAGACCCGCCAACCUGGAAAGCAGCCCUCAGCCGAGGUCGGGUCAACUUGGAUUACCAGACCUGCGCGGUGAAGGAAUAUCAGGGAGUGACACGAUGUUACAACUGCCAGGCGUACGGACACGUGGCCGCGGCGUGCCCGAAAAAAGAUCCGAUUUGCGGAAAUUGCGCAGGGCAGCACGAUACAAGGUGCUGCAAAAGCAACACGCCUAAAUGCGCCAACUGCCACCGGGCGGGAAGACGCAGUAGCCAUCGCGCGGGCUCACAAUACUGCGAAGCGCAAAUUAGGGCAGUGGCAAAUGUAAAGUGUGCCACCAACUACGGGGAGGCACCCGCGCCUCAGAACAUGCGGAUGGACGAUGAGGGCGCAAUCAGCGUAGGAUGA